CUCUCCUCUCUCUUUAUAGCUCAUUGCCAGAUUUUAAACGUGUGGAGAGGCACGUAGCCCGAAAAGGAGAAAAUGUAAGCCGGUUUUCGUUCUGUGACCCCUGCAACUUGGCUUUUGGCCUGUGUCAAGGACAUUCAACUCCGGCAGGUCCUGCCUUCGAUUAACACCGCUUAUUGAUUUUUUUUCCAAGGGAAUCUCCCUUAAUGUCGAUUUGUCCUCUUUUUUCCAUUUAUUUUUUUUAUUACACUGUCUGUUGUUUACUUAAUGUAAGUGUCAAAGUGCAGGCUUAAGUGGCAGGUGAAAAAUGAGUGAAUUUUACAAAGUCUUGGCCUUGGCGGGGUCACUGAUCCCCGCUGAUCCACACGCCCUCUCGUAUUCUCUUUCUGUCUCAUUGGAAUGUCAAUGGGAAGACAAGGAGGGCAAGAGGUCGACGCCGCUUAAGGCAGCCAAGCGAGCUCAGACUUGAAGAACGUGUGAGCAAAACAAACGAGCCGAGAGAAAAGAGGCGGCAGCCAAAAGGAGAAAAAAGAAAUGUAUAAAAAUACAAGCGUUUCCAGUGAAAGUUGGACACAACAACAACAACAAAAAAAGCAGCAACAGAAAUGGAGAAGCAACGACGAAAGGCGAACAGCAAAUUGGUUAUUUUUGACGCGUUAACACGGAGCGUUGGAGCGUUGGAACGUUGGCUCAAAGUCAGGCGUGGACUCGCCGCCAGUCAGUUGGCCAAGAUCGCGCGAGUUGCUUGGACACGCGGCACCGCCACCACCACCGACUACUGACCCAGUUACCAAGUAACCAAGUUAACGCCAAGGUACCUGUGGAACCUGAGCCAGGUCGAUCCUACUAACUGAACGAGCAAACGCUAAAGCCGCCCCUGGAAAUGUGCGAAAUCGGCACCUGACUCUUACUGACUUAAGCGGAGCAUCAGUUCCCAGCAUUGUUGGCAGAACCACAAAAGGCCACAACUUGGAUUGGUAGAAUCAAGCUCAACGGAAAGCCUUCACCAAAUACACCACAGCAACCCCCUUCCCGAUCGUUUCUCACCCAACUAUGUCGGAGGCUGUCACGCGGCCAGGAGCAGGAUCAGGCGAAGAAACACAACCAGGAUCAGGAUCCUCGGGAUUUCCACCUGGCUUCGAUCCCACCGCCGAGGCAACUGAGAAGACUCUCUGCUUCCACGGUUUCUGGGCCUGGCUAGUCCUUCUCAUCCUUGUUGUAAUCUGCACCGCUGUGAUCAUGUGGCUACUGCGCAAGUGCAUCCAGGGUCCGGCAUACCGCAAGGCCAAUCGGAUUGAUGGCAAGGUGGUAAUUGUCACCGGUUGCAAUACGGGCAUCGGUAAGGAGACCGUUCUGGAGCUGGCCAAACGUGGCGCUCGCAUCUAUAUGGCCUGCCGUGAUGCUGGACGCUGUGAGGCCGCCCGCCUAGAGAUCAUGGAUCGCAGUCACAAUCAGCAGCUGUUCAAUCGGACUUUGGAUCUGGGAUCCCUGCAGUCGGUGAGGAAUUUUGUGGAGCGCUUUAAGGCGGAGGAGACCAAAUUGGAUCUGUUGAUCAACAAUGCCGGUGUGAUGGCCUGUCCGAGAACCCUCACUGCCGAUGGCUACGAACAGCAGCUGGGCGUCAAUCAUUUGGGACACUUUCUGCUCACAAAUCUGCUGCUCGAUCGGCUCAAGCAGAGCUCGCCCAGUCGCAUUGUGGUGGUCAGCUCGGCGGCCCAUCUCUUUGGCCGCAUCAAUCGUGAGGAUCUGAUGAGCGAAAAGAGUUAUGGGAAAUUCUUUGGAGCCUAUAGCCAAUCCAAAUUGGCCAAUAUCCUGUUCACCCGCAAGCUGUCGACCAUCCUCAAGGAUACCGGUGUCACUGUUAACUGCUGCCAUCCGGGCGUGGUACGAACAGAGCUCAAUCGUCACUUCUCUGGCCCCGCCUGGAUGAAGAGUGUCCUCCAGACGGGUUCACUUUACUUCUUCAAGUCACCACGCGCUGGGGCACAAACCUCGCUAAGGCUGGCCUUGGAUCCUGGCCUGGACAAGACCAGCGGUGGCUAUUAUUCGGACUGCAUGCGUUUUCCUUUGGUACCAUGGGCCACCAAUACCGACACCGCCGACUGGCUGUGGCGGGAAAGCGAGCGACUGGUGGGUUUGCCACCGCUGGAGGCACCUAGGAAUGGCAACAGUGCCAAUGGCAAUGGCUCAGCGAAUGGAGCCAAUGGAUCUGGCGGAGCAGCCAGUGGAGCCAGGGACAUGCAGUCCGUGGAGACGGUCGUGGUCAGUCGCUCGUAGCCGUAGUCCUUGCUCUUAAUAUAUUCUUAACAAUAUUGCGUGUUUGGCAAUCCUUGGAAUGCAAUAAUCCUUGGAAUACAGUACACUAUUUACGGUUAAGUCCCAGUCCCA